GGGCAAGACGAAAGAGACAGGAGGGCGGAGCAGCUGAUCGACAGGAAGGAACGGCCUUACGCUGCUCUACGACCGGAAGGAACGGCUUUACGCUGCUCUACGACCGGACGGAAUGGCCUUGCGCUGCUGAGCGACCGGAAGGAAUGACCUUGCUACCUACCGGUAGCUGUCGAGUCGGUGGGAGACCGACCAAUCGUCACGGUGAUGGUCCACGUCGCCUUCAGCUCUGAGGAUCGCGUGCGCUCACCGGCACGCGCGCGCACGCGCGCGGGCAGUCUUGCCUCCCAUCCAGUCGCAUGCAGUGAGGGAGACUGGCAGGGAAAGUCCGACGGCGGGAGGAACAGGGGGGAGAAGAGGCGUAGAAAGAGAGCGCCUGUUUAGCGCGCGAUUGCCUGAUAGUAACGCGCCUCAUGUCGGGCAAAGAGAAGGAGGAAGAGGCGAAAGAGAUUUACGGAACGAGAAAGAACUGGUGUGGGGAACGAUGGUGAGGGAGAAGCGGCGUGGAUAUGGUGUUUUGGGAUGUGAUUGAAUACGCCGAUCGUGAUACGUGGAAAUAGAUGAGCUUGUAGCAAACGACACAGGGGAUGCGGUACUGAAGGGGAGUAAGCUGAGAAAGCGGAAGAAAAGUGGAGUGAGGUUGGAUUCGUUGUGGUGGAGGGGGCAGGAAGGGAAGGAGAGGGCGGGAGGAAGGGAGGGAGAGGGGGGGAGAGGCAGGUGUGUAGCCGUGAGGGAGCGGCGUGUGCGCUUCCUUGGGGGGAAAAAAGACAAGCGGGACGUAAGUAAGAGAAGAGGAGACGGGAAAAGCAUUCUAUCAGGGUAGGAGUGGAGGGCGCGAGAGGGAGGAGGAGGAGGGGAAGGAGAACGUGGUGGGCGGGAGAUCGAGAAUCGGAAAUAACGAUGGCGACUUCAACGGUGCGGAAGCGGGAACGGGAAAAUCCGUGCUUUAUUUGCGGACAUUACCACAAGCACGAGUUGGGAGAGGUAUGCGGUAUAUGUGGACAUAGACCUAUAGAGGCGGCAGAGAAAGGGCCUCCUCAGAGUGCUUUUUCGACCGAGAUUCUGCCAGGAUUUCUUUACUUAGGCAGUUAUGACAAUGCAUCCAGGUCGGAGCUGCUGAAGGCACAGGGGAUCACUCGAAUACUCAAUACUGUUCCUGGAUGUCAGAAUCUGUACAAGAACUCAUUUACCUACUUCUGUUUGAAGGAAGAUAAAACCAUUGCAUUUGACGACUGUAUUGAUUUCAUAGAACAAGCCCGGCAGGAGGGAGCUCGAGUGCUUGUACAUUGCAUGCUUGGCCAAACAAGGUCCCCUGCAGUAGUUAUGGCUUAUUUGAUGAGGCAUAAAGGAUGGAGCCUUGCGGAGAGCUACAAGUGGGUUAAGGAACGAAGGCCUGUAAUAAAAGUACCGGAAGUGAUUUUUCGCCAGUUGCAGGAGUUUGAGACCCUUAUGUUUGGGAAGGAGGUACCAUCGCUGAUUCCCAAUGUUUUGUCCCCAGGAGGCACUUCGAGAGUGAGUGAUGCUUCCGCAGGUCCUUUAAAUGCUCAGGUCAACCCCAACACUGCACCAAAUCCACCUCCUGUGUUUCUAUUCAACUCCCCUGUGCCAUCUCCAAUGCCUGUCACAGCCCCAACAUUCGGGUUUCUUGCAUCCAGUUCUCCCGCAUCCUGUGAUUUGUCACAGCAGGCACCUUUCACCUUCUCUUUUGGAAACAGCCUCCGGAACCCUGUGCAGUUGGACCCAAAUUUUGUGUUUGGUUCAAUGUCCGCUCCUGCGCAACCGGCGGCAACUUCCGCAGCAGUGGGGAUUCCCUCCAAUGGCAGUCUCACAGGUUGGCCGACAAUGGAUCACAGCAUGGAUGGAACAUGACCACCUCUUUCUGGCCCCGCCAAGUCUACGGUCGUUGGUCGGUCGCGUAUAUGCCUUGGCGAUUGCCCAAAGGGCUCAUAAACAAUCUCUGCCUGGCAAAUGCAUAAACAUGGUUGAUUACUGUUAUGUACAAGAUACGAGCGCUUGGUCCCGUCGCAUGUUAGUGGCCAGGAGGGCAUUCACACUGCCAAGCAUGCAUGCCAGACUGCAUCUCAGGUGUCUGGCAUAACUGGUUGUAUCUCUGCUGCUGCUGCUGGUGAUUGCUGGCCGUUGAUUCUGGUAUCUGGGAUGUACGGGUGUGAAUAAGCAAUGCUAGCAGAAUUGGCAACGUGUGAGUCGAAUCUCCUGUCAGGCCCGGAAGCAGUUAAAGAGGGUCUGACUGUAUGUUGAGAAGAGACUGCGGUGGAUGCGGUGAGGGGAUUAAAACAACUGCGAACUCCAUUAUUGGAGUAAGAUACUUUUGACGGAACGGAAGGAGCUUGACAGUGGGGAGGGAAUGGGGGGGGGGGCUACAUCACAUUUGCAUCGCCCCCGGUGCCGGAUUUAGAUCGGCGACUUUGAUGGGGUGGUAUAGUGGUCUGCAGGUAAGCAGCAAUAUGCCCCUCGUUGAUUUCCUUUGAGAAAGUUGUAGCACAGCACGUGACAGCAGACAUCACAAGCAUGUGACGUAUCGAACAGUCACCUGCACUGGGCUAUAGAUGGGAUCAAUUGGAGACAAAUGGAAGAGUGUUUUGAAGAAGAAGAGUAUUUAAGUUGAGAAAAAAAGGGUGGGUGGAUUGAUGGCUCGACCAAGCAACGCCGGCAGGUCUGGGUGUUGCAACCAUCUUCUCUGCCAUGCAGCAGAGGUGUGGGGAUAGGUGUGUACGAGUGCAGCAGUAGGAUGUGCAGGUAGUGCGUGUGUGUGUGUGUGUGUGAGAAAGCGGGAGGGAGCGGGAGGGAAGGGAGGGGAGGGGGAAGGAGCGGGGGGGGGGUAGGGGGUAGGGAAGUGUUGAUGGAGAAGAGAGUCCUGCAGGGGAAAGGCGGGGACUGGAGUCUGACUUCUCUGGCAAGUCAGUCUCCAUCGUGCCGUUGUGUAUUCUUUUAAGUGUAGAUAAGAAGGGGAGGGGAUAUCUCAUGGAAAGCAAUUUGCUGUGGCCAAUGUAUUGCAGCAAGGUUGGUUUGCCUUUCUGUUUAUGGAACGUUGCUAAUGGUCACCAUCUCUCUAUAGCAGGAGUUUGAGCACGACCUGCCGUCCAGUCCUUGUUGUGCCUGAGUGAGUAGUCAUGUGGUUUCAUGACUCUAGAGCUGUAUCUCUGUCGAUCUAAUCGCAUUACUGUUCCUUGCCUUGUGUUGGCGUUCCUGUUUAUACGCACGAAUAUUCCUUGUGGAAUAGGAGAAGGUAGGUAGGUUGCUUACAUUGCUUGCUUGCAGAUAUGACCACCCUUCUAUCGAAGGACGAGCAGCUUACCUCGCUCUGGGUGCUAUUACUUCUCUGUAUUGUUGUGGGCUGAAAGGGAUCUGGAAUGUCCACGUUCAAUGCAUCUCUUCUGUGAGUGUCUCUAAGGAGUCACAGUCUGGAUUGUCAAUCUGGUUGGCCUUUCUUCUGGACGACACAGUCUGAGUUGCCGAGCAUUGGCCCCUUUCUUCUCCCCAUAGCCCACUGCUACGACUGGCUGUCUCAGCAGGGAAGGGAGUCCUCGGUGGGUGGUCCUGUUGCGCCCCCCGCUGCCACCCCCAGUGACACCCUCAAGCUUUCUGUGUGGGGUGACAAUAGCGUGACCCCCUCUUUUCCCCCUCAUCAUUUCUGAUCGUCAGUUUUCAGUCAGUUUUUCUUUUAAUGAAUACCCAUUUGAGGAGGUCAUUGCAAUUUUCUCACUUUUCUUGCUGCUGCAAUCUCAUGAGACGGCUGUGAGUUGACGAAACAAGAAGAGCAUCUGGAUCUGGUGUAGAGAGGCGAAGCAAAGCUGCAUGCGGGCAGACAAUGCAGUGUGUACAAGUUAUUGGUGUACGCUUGUGUGAGACAUUGGUUUCAUAGGUACGUAGAAAAGGUGUUUUGAGGGGUUGUCGAGACAGUUAUUUUUUCCUUGCCGUGUCUGAUGCCAGUGACCUUCUGGUAUUCUUGCAUGUUGGUUGGUUCUCGCUUGUGACGAUUUGUAUGUCUUUUUUUGUAUUAUGUCAGUGAGGCCUCAGACCGCAAUAAGUUGCUGGCCCUGAGGCAGGCAAUCCUUUGUGGUUUCCCCCCUGGUUUUGCCGUGUCCAUGGUUCUGUGCCCCCCAGUUCUCGUGCCUUAUGCUAAUGACGAAGACGGUUGCCGCCGCCGUUCUCCCCCUCUUUCUUCGUCGGAGGGGAGGGGACAUGGUCUGUCCCUCGUUCUUCGGAGGAGGGGAGGGGGCAUGACUGCUACUGCAUGUGAGCUUUUCCAGGUAGUCCGCUCUCUUAGCUUCAUGUCUGUCCUUGUCCCGUUGCAUGUAGCCAAGAGUCUGCAACAGACAGUGGACACAACAAGGUAGGGGACUGGGGGGAGAGUUUGUGUUGGGAGUGGGGACAUACUGAAAACUGUCUGAUCAUGCACAGGACCCUAUUCAGUCAGGAAAUCCUAGCUUUUGAUUGCCAGAACUCGUGUGUCGUUGAGCUGAAGCACAUGGGAUCGACGUGUUGGUAUGGAUAGCCGAUCGAAGUUUGUGUGGGGUGUGUGCAUGGCUUUCGCAUGGGAUUAACGAGUUUGGGGGGGGAGGGGGGGGAGGGGGGGGAGGGGGUUGAAGGUUGGGUAGGGUGUGUGCAUGCCUUUCUGUUUCUGUUGUGGCAGUGAAAUUAUGUACAUGUGAAGGUGGGUUUUGCUUCCCACUCCUGUUAGAAGGCCUGUGAGAAUGAGCCUUCGCCACUUUCUGCCUCUGAACAUAAUAAUGCACCCUCGUUGGUGACUGUAUCAGACCAGGAAGAUCGCUUUUGUACACUAAUCAUCAGGGUGUGUUGUAUUUGGGGGAAGAAGACGUCCAGAUGUGCUGCAUUGAACUGUGUGGGCGCAUUGCUGCGCCACAUGCUACUAUAUGCUGUCGUUGAUAUUUUUUAUUUUUAUUUGGUUUUCGUGAAAAAUUUCUCCAAUAAAGCUGUUCUGCUGUC